AUGGCAGCCCAGGCUGCAGAGGCAGGGUCGUGGAGGCCAGCACCCUUCAGCAGGAGAGGCUGCAGGCCAUCGCGGCUGGAGAAGGAGCUGGAGAUGCUGGAGAACAGCAGCUCAGUGGCUUCUACCAAGGAGAACCUGGCAGAGGCGGCAGCCCCAGCCAAGGAGGAGAAGGCCGAAGCCAUCCCGAAUGCACAGAAGAGUCCUCUGGGCACAGUUAAGGCCGAGAAGAAGGUCUCCAGCAGCCCCAUGAAGGUGGUGGAAGGCACUGACCUGAUGAAGGCGGCCAUGUACUCGGUGGAGAUCACAGUGGAGAAGGACAGAGUGACUGGGGAGACCAAGGUCCUGUCCAGCACCACCCUGCUCCCCCAGAACCACUGUCUGCAGGGGGUCAAAGUGUACGAGGAUGAGAUGAAAGUGGUGCACGCAGUGAGCGCCGAGGACGGGGCCCUGCAGAACGGGGCCCACCCCCUCAGCUCCUCCGAGGUCGACGAGCUCCUGCACAAAGCGGACGAGGCCACGCUGAGCGAAGCCGCCGGGCGUGAGACCCCGGCCAAGGGGGGCCAGGGGGGCGGCAGCGCCCCGGGCAGCCAGAAGCCAACGCCGCGGAGGGAGAUCACGGGGCUGCAAGCGAAGCCGCGGGAGAGCACCACGGUGCCGCCGGGCGAGGGGACGGAGCCGAGCCGGGAGCAGCCCGUCACCAUGAUCUUCAUGGGCUACCAGAACGUGGAGGAUGAGAACGAGACCAAGAAGGUGCUGGGGCUGGAGGGCACCAUCAAGGCAGAGCUGGUGGUGAUCGAGGACGCCGAGAGCAAGCCGGAGCCGGCACACAAGGACCACGCGCCGCCCAACGGCACCGCGCUGGAGCCGGCGGGCGCCCAGCCCCUGGGGGAGGAGGGCGUGGGUGUCUGA